AUGUACGGAUACGCAGGUCAAGCUAGUGCAUCCGGCUCGCCAUAUCGUCCAGGCACCGCAGAUAGCUCCUGGGAGCAGAGUCGGCCAUCCACCAUGGGAGAGGCUCGACCUGACUUGUUUGCUCACGCAGCGCCGAGCUCUACGCCUUCGCAACUUCGUCUCGACUCACUGCCGGCAUCUCAAUCAUCCACAGUCGGUGGCACGCCGGCGGACGUUUUUCUCGGGGCGAACGCCAUCACACCGCGCCAGACGACCUUCUCACGAGGCCCGAUGGAAGUCGGUCCGCACUUUGCUACGUCAGGCGCCAUGGAUAGCUUCCAACACGGAGUGCCUGCCAUGGUGCCUAGCGAUACGCCUCGCGCCGCUCACUUUGGCAGCACCAGCAGCAGUAGCACCUUGGUAGGCACUCAACCCACAUUUGCCUCGCCGACUCAUCCAUCGGUAUGGGCUAGCCCGGUGCAACAGCAGUCCGAGUCUAUGGCCUACAGUCGAUACGCGUAUCCGACCCAGACAGGCGCAGGCUCGUGGACGACGCCAGGCGGCAUGCCUAUGUCCAUGUCGCAGAGUGUCAUCUACGACUCUUCGUCUUCGACCAACACGAGUCCGAACCGGUCGCAGGCGUACUACGACGUGUCAGGAGACCACUUCGAUCAUUCCGGCUACUCUUCGCACAUGGCUUCGCAAACCUAUCCGAUGUACGGCCCUUCGACGUCCAAGAUGGGUAGCGCUGGCGCCUACGUCGCCGCACCGCAGCCGGAGUACCAACCGGAGGAGAUCGACGGCAUGCUCAACCAGGUCUCUUCUUUCUACAAGACGGCCAACACCAAGAAGAUGGCCGAAUUUUAUCGCGACAAAUGGGCGCGCAUGUGGCUGACCUGCAACUAUACCCUCAAGUCAUCGAUCCAGAUCUCGAUUCCGCGCACGAUCUUGCACGAGUCCUAUCGACGAGCGUGCGACUCGUUUGGUCUCGAGCCUCUGCAAGCAGCCUCCUUCGGUAAGGUGCUUCGCAGCCAGUUCCCCGACGUCGCUCAACGCCGUCUCGGAGGUCGUGGCAAGACUCGCUUUCACUAUUGCGGCUUCGGUACGUCCAACGAGCGCGAGGCAAUCAAGGUCAAGUCGUUGCUCGAAGACGAGAAGGCGGGCAAGCUGCAGCUCAGCGCUGGUCUGAGCGCCGAAUAUGCUUCGGAGGCGAGGGCGAAAGCUCGAUCCGAAGGUCACGAGGGCGAGUCGUCGUCCUCUUCGUAUCGUGCUCAUCCUUCUUCCGACGCAUCGCCGAUGGACGGUCAAAAGACUCGUGCUGCGCAGUACGACAAUUCGCCACACGCUUCUUCUGAGAGCAGCGGCCUGGGCGGCAAUUCUGCCAUCGCUACCGACGACAGGCUCAUUGCGCCUAGCUUUGUGAAUCCCAACAGCACCAUGCACACUCCGCCAGGUACCAGCUCGGGUGCCAAUUACGACAGCCAGGACUCGGUACGAUACUCGCAGGUCCCUUCGCAAGGUCACGUCCCGGCUGCGCAAUCGGCGGGAGGCGCUGCAUCGGGCAUCUCAAGACGUCACACGGUUUCGCAUUCCUACUCAGGUCUCAGCGACAUGUCGUUCCUGCCUGGAUGGCAUUCUUCCGGCGAAGCCGGUGAGCCCAGUCUCAUGCAUCCGUCGAGCGACAUCUCUGCCUUCGGUACCGGCGUCAUCACCAGCGAGCCAGCGCAAUCGGGCUCUCUGGUCAACAGUCCCGCCUCCUCCUUGCACGGGUAUCAAUACCUUCCGGAUCCUCGCCACGUGCCUACGUCCAUGCCUUUCCGACGCUCCUGUCAGGACCUCUCCGACUGGCCGACCUUGCCCGAUCAGCAGAGCACCAGCACAGGUGCCUCCAACUCGACGGCGUACGCCACCGGUGGUCCCAUCAGUAAUACUGCGUCGCACGAGUCGUCGCGAAAAGCUUGGCCGAACCACUUUGUUUUGGAAUAG